GCUGGGCUGGUCCUCGCGCUUCGUGUUGGACUUAACGAUCAACGUUUGUGCGUUUAAAGUAAAUGAACGUGUCGAAUAGCGGACUGUCUGAACAGUUUGACCCGUUUUAGGAAACUGUUCAGACACGUUAACCCGGCUCUCGACUCCGUUAGCUUUCACACACACAUAACUGAAGCGUGCAGGUGCAGCCAGAGAGCUAACUAGCAUUAGCUCGCUGCGGCAGCUAGGUUAGUUAGCUAGCACCUGAGCUAACACAGCAGAAUGGAUCUCUUUGACGACCUGCCGGAGCCCACACAGACCCCCGCUCCAGUUUCUGCAGCUCAGCCACCGUCCACCACAGAGGAAGAGGAGGAGGAAGAGGAGGAGAGAACAUUCAAACGAAAACGAGACGAUGCGGAGUGUCGCUCGGAGGAAAAGGAGGAGGAGAUCAAGAAAGUUUGUAGAGAAGGUCUCCCCGUGCUGAGGGGCUACGUGGCGGCGAGGCGUGGCGAGCGCGAGGAGAUGCAGGACGCUCACGUGCUGCUGACGGACAUGAGCAGCUGUCUGUCCGCGCUGCCGGCACAAGUGUCUCAGGUUUCGUACUUCGCGGUGUUCGACGGUCACGGAGGAGCUCGAGCUUCUCGAUUCGCUGCAGAGAAUCUUCACCACAAUCUGGCCAAGAAGUUCCCCGGCGGAGAAACAGAGAACGUGGACAAGCUGAUCAAAAAAUGUCUCCUGGACACUUUCCGGCAGACAGACGAAGACUUUCUGAAGAAAGCUUCCAGCCAGAAGCCGGCAUGGAAGGACGGAUCCACGGCCACCUGCCUGCUGGUGGUGGACGACAUGGUGUACGUGGCCAAUCUGGGAGACAGCAGGGCGGUGCUGUGUCGGAUGGAGGUGUCAGGAGGAGCAGGGGGUCAGAGGAGGUCGGUGACUCUGGCUCUCAGCAGAGAACACAACCCGACCAUCUACGAGGAGAGGAUGAGGAUCCAGAGAGCAGGAGGCACCGUCAGGGACGGCAGGGUGCUGGGUGUCCUCGAGGUGUCUCGUUCUAUUGGAGACGGUCAGUACAAACGCUGUGGAGUCAUUUCAACCCCCGACCUGAGGAAGUGUCAGCUCACAGCCAAUGACAGGUUUAUCAUCCUGGCCUGCGACGGGCUGUUCAAAGUGUUUUCUGCUGAUGAAGCUGUGAAGUUCGUCCUCGGCGUCCUGCAGGAGGGCAGCGUGGAGCCGAGGCCGGGGCUGACGGAGGAGGAGCUCAGGUUCGAAGCUGCUUGCCAACAGUUGGCCAGUGAGGCGGUGAGGCGGGGCUGUGCCGACAAUGUCACUGUGAUCCUGGUUUCUAUUGGCUUCUGAAAACACGCACACACACACACACACACACACACACUCUGGACCUGGCUGAGCUGAGCGUCUCCUCGUUGUCUCGUCUGUU